AUGCCAACAGAUACAAAACCUGCAAUCUUUAGAAACGCUAAAUUCAACGUUGAAGCCCUUUGUCGCCAGGCAAGUGCCCUGCGACAGGGGAUUGUGUGCACUUGUGAUAUGAAUCAGCGCCCAGCUAUGGGAAGUUUCAACUGGGCCAUAUUCGUCUCGUUUGAAGAUGGGAUACAAUGGGUGCUACGGUCUCCCCAUAAUCUGGCCGCUUCGUCGGAAUUGAGUUUGAAGCUUCUAGCUAGCGAGGCUGCUACUCUACGAUAUCUCAGGUUGAAGAGCGAUAUACCAGUACCGGAGGUUUAUGGUUACAGCUCUACGCACGAUAAUGAUAUUGGAAUCCCAUACAUUCUGAUGAGCAAAGCCCCUGGUCGGCCGCUGUCAGACACAUGGAAAUUAGCAGCCUCGAAUCAUCCAGAGCUAGCUGAGCAUAAGAAAGUCAAGGUUCUCAGUCAAUUGGGCGCCAUCACUCAGAAGCUUCUGCAUGUACGUCUUGACCGGAUUGGCUCUCUUUUUGAGGAAGGAGGUGCUUUUGAAGUGAAAGAAUGCCUUGCACGUGGCCAUGUAUUGCACCAAAGGUAUACCUUAGAGGAUGUACCUCGCGGCCCUUUCUCCUCUGAAACACAGUUUUAUGACAGCCUUGUCACUGCGUUUACACAGCAUGCUGAAGUUCUGCCGCUAUUACACCAUUGUUUCACCGCACCAAUCCCCUCUCGACGUGACUACGAAUCUGACGCUCAACAUCGAAAAGCGUGCGAUCUAUGGAAUGCUUUCGUGGCAGUUGGAGAGAAGUGUGAAUCUUCUGAGAACAGGGUCGAUUACGUUAUUGCCGGUGACGCUCUCCGGGAUAUGAUAGAAACACUCGAUUUACGAGGUCCCUGCUUGGGAGGCUUCCCACUAUGGCACCCAGACUUGAGUGUUAACAACAUCUAUGUUGACGAGGAUUAUAACAUAACAUGUAUUAUCGAUUGGGGAUUUUCUUCAUCUGUCCCGGACGCAAUACUGUUAGCCCCACCUGGACUUCCACAGUUCGGGGACGAGUUGAGUAAAGACCUCAUUGCUUCUUUCCGGGACGGGUUCAAGAGCGCUCUUCUGCCAACAGUCGGGCGCAAAGCCGAUGAUUAUUCCAGCCUCAGAGCGUUGCAGCUUCUACAACAGAGUAUGACAUCAUGGUGUCUGUCUCGGUUUCUCAGCUUUGAUUCAAUCAAUGACUAUGGUCUUUUUGCUACUCUCUGGGAUACAGCCUACGGUCCUGAAAAAGACCUGGCAACUUGGCUCAUUCAGCAACGAUCUUCUCCUCGAUACAAACAAUUAUACUCUGAGGCACAACAGGAAGAUCUACCACCACAAGAAAUCCGAGAGAUGGAGCAAAGACAUCUCCGAGGCAAUGUCAUGAGGAGUACCAUUGCCCGAAAGCUGACUUUGAGUUCGCAGUGGAAGUCAGAAUAUCGUACUUCCCCCGUUGGGCAACCACAGCUCUACUAUGCUUCACACCCAUCGGCAUUGGUCCCAGCUCCCCCUGCUGCGGGCUCUUUGCUACCAGCGUCUAGAGGUCAUAAUCACCUUGGAGGCGACUGUAUAAUGCAGUCUGCCCUUUUACCUCCAGAUGCCCCAGCGGAGUCGGUUGCUUAUACACCUACCCAGUAUCUGUCAAGCUCCUCUUCCGGUGCUUAUAUUGGUGCUUGGUGUCCAGACCCCUCCUCUAAUGAGCUGCUACCGACAUAUGGGAAACACAGAAUGCUGGAUCAUAGUCUAUUAAAAGACUUCUCCCCUGGAGUAUCUGCCCGUCCCCACAGCCAGGAUAAUAUGGAUCAUGCGCCCCCAAAUCCUCCGCUACCAACCGUCCAGGAUGACCAUCAAACCAAUACAAGUUCCUCGCACCUGGAACAAGUGCAUUCGCACAGCCCGGAAGGGCGGCACAACAACGGUGACCUGGGCACCGGCCCCGGCCGCGGAACGCACCACGCCCACAACCAGCGCGGGCCGCAGCACGUCCACGACCGGGAAAACGGCCCCGACGAGCGCAGGGAGCAGCGGGAUUGGCGGCAGCGGCAGCAGUAG